AUGAGUUGGCUGCCAUUCAGUGGACCUCGAGAUGGCGAGCCUGAAGACAGUCAACAAGCGAAGGUUGGCAGAGACGGCCGAGGCGCUGAUUCCAGUGGAACCGAUCCUUUUCUGGUGACCAGCAAUGACAGAGAUGUUUCUACGCAGAGCGCGCCAUCUCGGCUUCCAGCUCGCAAAGUGUACCGGGAAAGAGUGUUGGUGAGGGUGUACGAUUUGGGACAGACGAUGCUGACUCGCUUCCACAACCAACUUACCAAAAACUAUGGGGCCUUCCAUACUGGAGUGGAGGUGUAUGGCAAAGAGUGGAGUUAUGGCAUGACCUUUGACAACACGUCUGGCAUCAUCAGCCACGAACCAGCGAAGAAUGCAGACCACACCUUCCGAGAAACUCUGUCUAUGGGCUACACGAGGUUUUCACCCAGAGAAGUCGGCAAGAUUUUGGAAGACUUAAAGCGCGAUUGGAGAGGCAGAGAUUACCAUGUUCUGACGAAGAACUGCCACCACUUUUCAGAAGUGUUCUGUGCCCGUUUAGGUGUUGCGCGCCUUCCCCCGUGGAUCAACACGUUGGCAGCCACGGGGGCCGAUACGUUGGAUUACCUCGACAGCACGGACAGUGGCUACGAUGGCGGGGAGGCCAUAGUGAGUUUCUUUGACAACAUCAGAACAUCAGUGUUUGGAUUUUUCACCGACGAUGGAAACCAUCGACAAACAGAGGCAAGAUCCUCAGUGCAUUCAGUGCUUCCUCACGAAGCUACCAGAGUCACCAGAGCCUUGCAACGGCCAUGA